UCCUGCUUCAGCCUCUAAUCAGCCAGUGACUGAAGCCCAUGGAAUGAGAGGUGAAGUUUUAAAGACGAACACUGCCUAUACUCUUCACUUCACCCAAGAGGCCACUGGAAAUAGCCCAAAGACCCACUGAGGGAGAUGCACAUUGUUUCCCAGAAGUAAAUACAGCUCAGCUUGUACUUUGGAACAAUCGGUCAACCUUGCUACUUGCACAAUUCGUCAGCAAAGGUUAUGCAGUGCCUGAACAGGAUCAUGGCAGAAUCACCGGGCCUCAUCACCAUCUGCCUUUUAGGAUGUCUACUCAGUGCUGAAUGUACAGUUUUUCUUGACCACGAAAAUGCCACCAAAAUUCUGAAUCGGCCAAAGAGGUAUAAUUCAGGUAAACUGGAAGAGUUCGUGCAAGGGAACCUUGAGAGAGAAUGUAUAGAAGAAAAGUGUAGUUUUGAAGAAGCUCGAGAAGUUUUUGAAAACACUGAAAAAACCACUGAAUUUUGGAAGCAAUAUGUUGAUGGAGAUCAAUGUGAGUCCAAUCCAUGUUUAAAUGGCGGCGUAUGCAAAGAUGACAUCAAUUCCUAUGAGUGCUGGUGUCAAGUUGGAUUUGAAGGAAAGAACUGUGAAGUAGAUGUAACGUGCAACAUUAAGAACGGCAGAUGCAACCAGUUUUGUAAACUGGGCCCCGAUAACAAGGUGGUUUGCUCCUGUACCACGGGGUACAAACUUGCGGAAGACAGGAGGUCCUGUGAACCAGCAGUGCCGUUUCCAUGUGGAAGAGUUUCUGUCCCACACAUUUCGACGACACGCACCCGUGCUGAAACUUUUUUUUCCAAUAUGGACUAUGAAAAUUUCACUGAAGCGGAAAAAACUUCCGAGAACCUUACCCAACCGCUCAACGACCUCACUCGAGUUGUUGGUGGGAAAGAUGCCAAACCAGGUCAAUUCCCUUGGCAGGUCCUUUUGAAUGGGAAGAUCGAAGCGUUCUGUGGAGGGUCCAUCAUCAGUGAAAAAUGGGUGGUAACUGCAGCCCACUGCAUUGAGCCUGGUGAUAAAAUUACCGUGGUUGCAGGUGAACAUAACACCAUGGUGAACGAACAUACAGAGCAAAAGAGAAACGUGAUUCGCACUAUUCUUCACCACAGCUACAAUGCGACUAUAAAUAAAUACAACCAUGACAUCGCCCUUCUGGAACUGGAUGAACCCUUAACGCUCAACAGCUAUGUGACCCCUAUUUGCGUUGCUGACAGGGAAUACACGAACAUCUUCCUCAAGUUUGGAUCCGGCUACGUGAGUGGCUGGGGGAGAGUCUUCAACAGAGGGAGAUCGGCUUCAGUUCUCCAGUACCUUAAAGUUCCACUUGUUGACCGAGCCACAUGCCUUCGCUCCACAAAGUUCACCAUCUAUAAUAACAUGUUCUGUGCUGGUUUCCAUGAGGGUGGUAAAGAUUCCUGCCAGGGAGAUAGCGGGGGGCCCCACGUCACCGAAGUGGAAGGUGUCAAUUUCUUAACUGGAAUCAUUAGCUGGGGUGAAGAGUGUGCAAUGAAAGGAAAAUAUGGCAUAUAUACAAAAGUGUCCCGGUAUGUUAACUGGAUCAAAGAAAAGACAAAGUCCACUUAAAGAAAAAUCUAUUUCCAAGGUUGCCAUAUUCGGGGUUGAAAAUGGACAAGGUCCUUUACUAAUCGCUUUCCUAUCUCUUUAGAUUUGACCACAUACAUCCUAUGAAUACUGCUUUUUUUCUCUUUCUGGGGAGAAAUCUGUCUAGAAUUCCUAUUUUGCUAGAGUAAGUAGAUUAGAAAAUGGAAUCACUAAAGAAACGUACUGUGAUAGGAAAUUGUGACCAUUCCCACAGGUCUAGCCCUUGACAAAACUGGGAAGUGAAGUUCUUCAUCCUGCCCGUGAGGCAUGAAGUUUCUCCACCAGAGCAACUCUCUGACUUCCCCUCCUUAGCAGCAUUCCAUGUUCCAGAUCUUUCUUACGUCUCCCACCAAAAUCAUCAAAAUGUUUUAGAUCUGUAUCUGGGCUCUUUGGUCUAGUUCACAAAGUCGGCACCGCACUCAUAAAGGAAGAACGCAGGAGGAGCUGACAGGUUGAAACUCACCAGAAAACACCACUUCCUUUUCUGUACCCUUAUUCCCACUUCCUCUAUCUCUUCCAUCUCCUAAUCCCAAAAUCAGUUUCUCUCUCUCCCUUUCUCUCCCUUUUCCUCUCUCUGCCCUUUUCCCUACAAGGGAUUAAAGGAGGGAAGGGACACAUCCCACUGUUUUAGUGCCGUCCACAGUUACACGUGUCUGUCAAACCCAGACUUGCUUUCACUUUGGUUUUUGACUUGCUUUUCGGAGCAUCCGGUUGAAGUGAGGCACCCGAAGAUCUUGGAGGAAAAGUUCCUCUGAGAGAGUCAUGUUGUUAAAAACACACAUCAUGGAAGGAAUGACCCAUCAAAAGAGUUCCCCAAGAGCUUGUCAUUGAGAAGGGUGACAUCAACUCAGUGUGCCUCCAGUACUAUCCAGGGUUGAGGAAGAAGUUGUCCUGGACCAGAGAACAUGAGAGUCCUGUCUCCUAACCUAGCAUAUCCCCACUGUAGAGAAGGGUGCACUGGUGGCUCACUCCCCCUUUUCUGGCUCUCCAGGCGACUGAUUAUAAUUAGACCUUCCAUAUUGAAUUUUCUAUAGGGUUGCUGACCAACCUACACAGGUACUUUGAUGUGUUAGAAUGGCUUCCAUUAUGAGUUAAUAAACUGAUGUUCUGGUUCAUAGCA